AGCAAGAACUAUUCUAAGUUAGCAACUUCAGAGUAAAUUACCUAAUUUAACGGGCAUCAUGCGUGGCUUCAUUGUUUUGUGUUUGGUGGCGGCUGUAUCCGCCGAUAAAUUGGGCUACAACUACAGACCUGUGGGCCAUUCCCCAUCCGGACUCUCCUUCGCACCCGGCAGUGGUGUUGGCGGUGUUAGCGGUGGUAUUGGUGGCAUCAGUGGCGGUAUUGGUGGCAUCAGUGGUGGUAGCGAUGGCAUCAGCGGUGGUAUUGGUGGAGGAAGUAUCGGAUUCGGCUCUGGUGGCAGUUACGGCAGCUCUGGCAAUCUCGGUGGUCUGACUGGUGUCGGCAGUGGAUUCGAUUCUGGCGCACAGAGCAUUGUUGCACCCGUCACUCAGGAAGCCAACAAAGAAUUCUUCUCCUUCUCUGCCCCCGAAGAGGAAUUCGAAGAUGCUGAAGGUGCUCAACAAUUGGCUAAUUCUCUGAAAAAGAACGUCCGUGUCAUCUUCAUCAAGGGACCCGAAAACAAUGGUUUGGAAAAAGCUGCCCUUGCUUUGGCCAGAAACGCUGCCGAACAGAAGACUGCCAUCUAUGUGCUGCAGAAACAACAUGACAUCGCUGAUUUGGCCAACAAGUUGCAGUCUGUCAACAAUAACCGCAACCACCACCCAGAGGUGCACUUCGUCAAAUACCGCAACCAAGACGAUCUUGUCAACGCCAAGCAAACCAUCCAAUCGCAAUACGACCAAGAGCCCGGUGCAUCCCAAAACUACAAUGGCGGUAUUGCUCCAGUAAUCAACUUUGCCUCUCCAUCACGCCCAAUUCAGUCGUCAUACGGCUCAUACGGACCACAACAACAAUACUACAACACAGGUGCGUCCAACACGAACGCAAACUACUUGCCACCCUCGCUAUUGAGACGUCUCCGUUUCUAGAUGCUAACUUGUACCUAUAUUUUUACUUAAAUAAUUAUUUCGAAAACGACAAAAAUAAAUACAAAAUACAUAAAAUAA